AUGAUUUUUCCUUUUGAUGUAGAUUUUGUCUUUGAAAUAUCGUCUGAAGAAGUAUCUAAACAGAAUACUACUCAACGUCCACUUAGCUUUCGGGAACAAAGGUUUCGAGAUUUUGCUUCAGUUGAAUAUGAAGGUCAUUUAUACAUGACACCUCAAGACUUUCUAGAAUCAGUUUUGGAAGACACCCCAAGAUCUCGAAUUGGUCAUACAAAACUGAGAAAGCAAGAUGUUGAUGAAAUGCUUAAAAAGACACCAAAUAAGUCAAGAAUGUCUCAGCAUUUGUUCCGGUCCCUCCAUAGCCAGGGAAUAAUCUCCUACACAGAAUAUCUGUUCCUUUUGUGUGUCCUAACCAAGCCUCGUUCUGGAUUUAGAAUCGCUUUCAAUAUGUUUGAUGCUGAUGGCAAUCAAAUUGUUGACAAAAAAGAAUUUCUGGUUUUGGAAUCUUUCUUCGCUUUGCCCCGUUCUGAGCAAAAGUUUAUUCCACGACCAGAAAAGACUCUAAAGUUACUGCUCAGUUUGGAACGUAUCUUCAGUUCACAAUCUGAUAAUGAAAAGAAGGCUGCUGAAGAGAAUGAGCUAGAAGCUUCGACUGAAGGCUCUGCUGAUAGCAGAGAAGUCAAACCGGUGGUGCCACCUGUCUCAGAAAUAGCAUGUAAACAUGUUACUGAUACCACUUUGUUAGUGCACUUCUUUGGAGCGAAUGGCACUGAUGUACUCACUUAUGAUGAUUUCCACAGAUUCAUGGAAAAUUUGCAGACAGAAGUUAUUCAGUUGGAAUUUACCGAUUUCUCCAAAGGUAUGCAAAGAAUAUCUGAGGAAGACUUUGCACGUAUUCUCUUACGUUAUACAGUCUUGGAGAAGAAUGAAGUUGAAGAGUGUAUUCGACGUGUCAGAGAGAGGAUGCCAGAAGAAAAGGGAAUAACUUUUGAAGAAUUCAAAAGCUUUUGCCAGUUUCUGAAUAAUCUUGAUGACUUUCAAAUUUCAAUGAGAAUGUAUACCUUUGCUGAACAGUCGGUAUCUCAAGAGGAAUUUCAACGAGCCGUAAAAAUUUGUACCGGCUUCACUCUUGGCCCUCAUGUAGUAAACACAGUAUUUCAGAUAUUUGAUGCUGAUGGAGAUGGUCAUUUGAGCCAUAAAGAAUUUAUCUCCAUUAUGAAAGACAGAAUUCACAGGGGAGCUCGUGCACACCUUAUGACACAGCAUGGUAACUGGAACACAUUUAAAAACUGUGUUAAACAAGAGAUGAAAGCUAUGUACUAACACAAGAUUCACUAUCUCAACAUCACUAAAUCUGCCCGAAUUGAAGAUACCAUAAAUUUACUAAUAUUUACUAUUCCAUUUAUAUAUAUUCAGCCUAUUCAUGCCUAUAUAUAUAUAUAUAUAUAUAUAUAUAUAUAUGUGUGUGUGUGUGUGUGUGUGUGUGUAUAUGUGUAUAUAUAUAUAUGUGUGUGUAUAUAUAUAUAUAUAUAUAUAUAUACACACACACACACACACACGUGUGUGUAUGUGAAAUUAUGUUUGUUUAUUAGAAGAAAACCCUGCAGAUUUAAAUGUUAAACCCUAACAUUACCAAUUUAUAAUAUUGCAGAGUAUUAUAUUUUUGUUUACUGAAGCUGAAAAUGCUGAUUGCUGUCUUGGUUUUCUAACAUCAUUAUUAGUUUAUGAAAGCAUUAAUUAAAAAGUGUUAAUUUACACACUUGUAUGUGAGAGUAGAGGAGGAGUAGUAGCUGUAGUAGUAAUACCAGCAGCAGCAGCUUAAAAUUUAGAAUUCAGUUAAUAGGAGGGGAAAUAUAAAUGGGAAGGGUUACGUAUUCUGUAAAUGUUUUAAUAAAAGCCAUUUGUCUUAUAUAAUAAAUAUAAGUGAUGUUCAUUCCAAAAAUCUAACUGCAGAAUUUUAAAAAAGUUAUCAAGAUAUGUCCAUAUUUAGGCAGUAUGAGAAGAAACUCAUAUGUUUACAAACCUGUUAAUAUAUACUAAGUCUGUGUUGUUUACUUGAAGAUUAUAUCUUUCAAAGAAUUGUUUAGAAGAAUGUUUCAAGAUUAGCGAAACAUAUACAGUCACAUGCAUGGCACACUUACACUCACAUACACAUGCAUAGGUAGGUAGGUAGGUAGGCAGGCGGGCAGGUAAGUAGGUAGGUAGGUAGGUAGGUAGGUAGGUAGGUAGGUAGGUAGGCAGGCAGGCAGGCAGGCAGAUAGAUAGAUAGAUAGAGAAACAGAUAGACAAGCAGGCAGAUAGGCAGGCAGGCAAGCAGAUAGAUAUGUUUCUUUAUUAGCCACACAGGGCUGAACACAGAGGGAGCAAGUUACAAGGUAGAGCUUUUCUCUUUGGGGAGGAGAAGGGAAAAAAAUAUAUAUCAAAAAUAAAAAAGGGGGAGGUAGAUUUUCGAUCAAAAGGGAUCGUAAAAAAAAUAAUAAACGAUCAAUAGGGGUCGUGUAUCACAGAAAUAUCAUGUUGUAAAGUGUAAAGGCGGAAACAGAUUAGGUUUACCCGUGGGAAGAAAAGCCUACGGAAAAGACCACGGUAACCUUGGCCAAUAAUGUUGUGCAGUGAAACACAUUACAGUAAGUGACUCACUUUUUACCUUUUUUUUUUCUGGUUCAUAGGUUUAUGCUCAAGGUGGCUCUGUCAUUCACACGUGCCAUCCUUGCAAUAGUCACCCAUCUUUUUUUUGAAAUGUUCACUAGACAAAACUUCUCCCUCUACUCUUAACUUUCUCUUCAAGUGAUACUUGAAAAAAUUGAUGAGAGAUUCACCAGAGAGAAAAGUGUUUGUCUCUAGACCUUUCAGACGUGUCCACCAUACACAUUCUAUCGCCAUAACCACAAGUAUGAUGAAAAUGGCUCUUCCUGUUUCAAGGAAGGAAGCGCGACAAUAUUCACGAUAGACUCGUCUGAUAAACUGACUCGUCCCACACGCGGUAGCAGUCGUUCGACAUAAGCCCACAGGUUGGAAAUCGUUGGACACUGUACGAGUGUGUUUCAUCGCUCUGUCCGCAUCUUGGGCGGGUCAGCCUCGCAUUUCACGAGCCGUGUCUAUAGAGCUUAUUCCGAAAGGGUAGCGCUUCUCGAUAGCACUGCUAGGCCAGGGAUCUCUGGGAGUUGUCCAUAGGUUCCGGCCCGAAAGUCGUCUUGAACAGGCGGGUCAGGUAUUCCUCGUCAGUGCCCUGAUUCGCCCCGAGAUCGUCGUCGUACCUCCCCUCCACUAAUCCCCUAUAGAAUGUUUUGGUUGUGUUGCAGUCGCUCAAGGUCGACCUGGGACGGCAUAGAUGCUAGAAAGCAAUACGAUGCUGUGCCAUUCGCCUAGAUAGUUAGAUAGGCAGGCAGGCAGGUAGGUAGGUAGGUAAAUAGAUAUAUAGGUAGAUAGGAUAGAUAGAGGGAUGGACAGAUGGAUGGAUAGAUAGAUGGAUGGAUGGAUAGGUAGGUAGAUAGAUAGGUAGGUAGGUAGGUAGGUAGGUGGAUGGAUGGAUGGAUAGAUAGAUAGAUAGAUAUAAAAAAUAUUAGAUGGAUGGAUGGAUAGAUAGCUUGCUAGGUAGAUAGAUAAGCAUAUUUUACAUUAGGAAUUAGAAAUUAUUUCAAGAUAUCACUCCACCUUUCUGAACAUGUUUAUGAUAUCCCAAAGACUCGCUCACAUCUGUGCCGAAUGGCCUUUAAAAUCUUGUGGGUGAAUAAGAAGCAAUUAGCUUCAAAGCAAUCAUUGCAGUCAGGGAAAAUGUCGUUAUCUAUUUAUUCUGUAUGUUGAUACUGUUCAUUUGAAAUUUCAUUGCAAUUUUGCUUUGUUAAUUAGCAUUUGGCACACAUGCAGAUAUCUGUGUGUGUGUGUAGACAAAGAAGAAGACAGAUAGGAUAGGAUGGGGAGAUGAAUAAAUAUCUCUGAAACAUAAAUAGCUGAAUGUAUAGAAAUAUGAUGAGAUGGGGAGAUACUCAUUACACAUGCACACUCACAGGAUAUCCAUAUAUAUAUAUAUAUAUCUCCAUCCAACCCAUGCCAGCAUGGAAAGCGGAUGUUAAACAAUGACAAUGGUGAUAAUAUAUAUAUGUGUAUAUAUGUGUGUGUGUGUGUGUGUUAUUUAAAUCCAUUUGAUUUGGCACAAUGUGUCUUCGAUUUUCGCAGGCUUCUGGCAGAAGCCCAUCUCUUUCAGACUAUCCAAAGUCUAAGAGACAGGCUUCUACUAACAGCCUACGAAACUUUGUCACAUAGAACCGAAUGAAAACUGUUUUAAGUAACACAUAUAACUACUACUAAAUAUGUUGAAUGCCCUUUUCUUUCAUCUGUUCAGUCAUUCAAGUGUAACACACACACACAUAUAUAUAUAUAUAUACACACACACUCAUGUAUGUGUGUGUGUGUAUACAUUUAUGCUUGUGUAUGUGUAUAUGUAUUUUAGUGUACAUAUAUGUAUAGGCUAAUGAGUAGAGAAAGUGUAAGGUUGUAGACUCACUGUAAUCUUGUCUUGUUGAGUAUUUAUCUCUGUACUGUGAUUGUCACAAAGGAACGCUCCCUGUGCAUUCUGUAAACUAGCUGGAAGGGAAUCCAGCCAAAGAAACCAAUCCCAAUGUAUGUGUGCACAUAUUUUUGGGAAACAACUCUCAGUGGAAACUGAUUUAAACCAUGACAACUGACUAAACCCAUGGAAAGCAAAUGUAAAAUAAUGAUGAUGAUUAGGAGGAGGAAGAAGACAUAUUUGCCAAAACACACACACACAUCCGUACAUAUUAACAUACACUUUCUUUUUCUGUUUAAAAAAUGAGAAUCUGUUAGAGAUUAUAUUUGUAUAAAUUGAUGAUUCGCUCUUCUGUUUGAAUAAUAACAUCAUUUGAGACUCACUGAAUAGCAACAGAAUGGAACAUCAGUUUUAUAUAUGUGUGUAUGUGGAGACGCGUGUGUGUAUGCGUAUACAUACGUGUAGAUAUGUAUGUCAGUGUACACAUGUAUAUGUGUAAAUGCAUGUAUGUAUAGAGGUUUAUAUAUUUUUACACAUACACAUAUGUAUAAACAAAUUAUGUUGGACAUAAAUCACAAAUAUAAGUGUUUCAAAGUACUUGAAAAUCUGCUGCCAUUUAUUCAAAACUUUAGUUAUGGAAAUUGCAGUUGAUGUGAACACAUUUUAUUGUUCUCUGAAAUGAAGAAAAUGUGUGUGUAUUCGUAUUAACUUUAUUACAAGCAAUUUAAUACUUUUGAAGACUUGGUCUUUGGAUGUGCUUGUGCCAAAUGUUGGCAAUGCUGUUUAUUAACUGCUUUGCAAGCUUUCCUAGUAUUUACAGAGUAAAAGCAAUUUUUUUAACUAUUGUAUUAUGAAAGCAUUUUGUUAGAGAUGUCAGUCAUUUCAUUCAGUGGAAUUUUCAGAAUCAGUAGAGCAUCAAACAAAAUGCCUUGUGAUAUAUUAUGAAACAUAUAAGUUCUAAGUUCCAGUGCCACUGGGAACCAAUAUCCUCUUUUGGUUAUUAAAAUCAGUAUCAGCUGCGUUAAUGAUGGAUGGUCUAAUUAAUAACAUCUCUAACCAAAUUUCAGGCACUGAGUUUUAUGUUAGAAAUUAUAUUUACGCACACCUAAUCACUCUCUCACACACACACACACACACACACACACACACACACACACACACACACAUUUUAAGGAAUGGACCUUCCUUGAAUUUCUGCACAAACACCUUUCUUAUUUUGCUUCCUUAGUGAAAGUCAUACUUGCACAAAUGUAUCUUAAUUUACAUUUUAAUUAUAUAACAAUGUUUAUUGUUUAUAUUAAGAAAAUUUAGAUAACAUAUUUUACAAAAUUCCUAUUAUUAUUAAUUUUUUUUCACAACUUAAACCCUUAACCUUCACUUUAAAAAAAAACUGUUGUUUUAAUCCUAUUAAAA